UCUAAAUGCAAAAAUAAAACUAAGCAAAUACAUAUAAAUGAAUUAGACCGAUACAUAAAACAAAAACUAAGAAUAGUUAGGUAAUAUAAGGAUCUUUUUCCAGCGCGGGAGCUAUUUUUGGUCUAUUUUUUAAUCUAUUUUUGGUUCCGACAGUGUUCUGCUUUGCUUGCCAAGUAUAAAAGAGGCUUUAGCUACUUCUCCUCCACAAAGAAAUAAAACAUAAAGCUUUUAACAUAGAAGGAAAGUUUCGUUUCUCAAGAUUUCAAGUAGUCAGUAGUAUUCUAACUGAAGAAUCACCCCCAGGCUGAUCAUGUAUUCUGAGGCUCUGAGAUGCACAGUUAUUAUAUAGGCUAUAAGAAAGAGCUUUAUUCAAAGCUGAGUUUGCGAAUGAAUUAUAGCACAAAAUUAAAGGAUAGCCUAGCAUUAAAGAUGAUUUAUUAUAAGCCAUAAUGAGGCUACUGUAAAUAACGUCAGGAAUUGUCAAAGCAGGCUACUUCCGAAUAAUGGAAAGCGAAUGACCUACGGUUGCUAUGGUUACCUCAAUCGCGACUUUUAAGAAGCGUCUAUUCGUCGUUCUUGCACAACUUUGCGGUUACCGAAACGUGUGAAAACGCCGUUUUAAUGUGUAAAUAGGAAUAUAUGUACUAUUAGUGUAAGUUAAUAACGUUUAUUAGCUUAUUAACUUUCUAGGUUUUGUUCGUGGUAAAUGAGUCACUACAUCAGAAAACUCCUAAGGACUUUGAUUUGAGUAGCCUCGUAUAUUCAGGUCUGGAAAUCAGCGUUAUUUUUAGCGGGUCUGCAUUGUAACUGCAUUUGGCCUUGUGUGUGGACUACAGCCCUUAGCUUUAAAAUGGGAAUGCCUCAUUCAUUAGUAAUCGAGUGGCUAUUUCAAGAGGUGAGUCCGCGAUCGUGAAGGGCUUUGAAUCGCGCGUGUUCUUAAAAAUGAGCCCCCACCCUCCCAACCAUCCAGCAUUUCCCCGUCUGCCUCUCCUUCCGUGCACACAGCAGCACAUGGUUACAAUCAAGCCCAUAAAUCAGGCGCCUCCGAUCGAAUAGUCCGAAUUAAGCACACAUGCACAUCAGACUGGGGCUGGCUGCUGUUGCAGCAGAAGAAGCGAGAGAAACAGUCAUACAUCAGGGGGAGGGAUGGAACCAAAAAGCAUCUAUAGUGAUCAAUAUCUGACUGUCUUUUGCAAAUCGCUGCAGUGCUUCACAGGUGUACACUCGAGUAUUCUCAUACGGAUUGACUGAACUGGAGCCACAUGUCACAUGUGCUUCAUAGGAAGAACCGGGGCAUCAUCUGCUGCAAGCUGGAUCUGGAGGAGGAUGCUGCGGCAAGUGAUACACAGAGGGCUGAAAUCUUCCUUCUACUGGCUGGGUUUGUUCGUGAGCAGGCAUCCGGUGUUCUUCCUCACCGUCCCCGCAGUCCUGACCAUCAUUUUCGGAUCCACGGUGCUGAGCCGGUUUAAGCCCGAAACGGACCUGGAGAUCCUGGUCGCCCCAACGCACAGCCUCGCGAAGAUCGAGCGGAGUCUCGCCAACAGCCUCUUCCCCAUCGACCAGUCCAAGCACAAGCUGUACUCGGACCUGCACACCCCCGGCAGAUAUGGCAGACUCAUCCUGCUGGCCAAAUCCGGGGGAAAUAUCCUGGAACUGGCCGAGCAGGUGCUCCAGGUGCACAAGAAGGUCCUGGAUAUGCGUGUCAAUUAUAAAGGCUUCAAUUACACUUUCGCGCAUCUCUGUGUCCUGAGCCACCGGGACAAGAGAUGCCUCCUGGAUGAUAUCAUCACCAUAUUCGAAGACAUUCGCUUAGCUGUUCUGUCUAACAGCACUUUUUCCAAGGUCCCCGUCAGCUAUCCGAAUACAACAUUAAAGGAUGGUCGAGUGUCCUUUAUUGGCCAUCAGCUGGGUGGCGUGGCCGUUCCCGCAAAUAGCCGGGAUCAACAGGUCAAGUUUGCUCGCGCCAUCCAAAUCACCUACUACCUCCGCAACCUUGGGCCAGUGGUGCAGGACAUCAUUUCUGAGAAGUGGGAGAGUGAAUUCUGUAAGCUGGUACACCAGCUGGCUACAGACAGCCAGGAAUUACACAUCCAGUCACUUACGUCCUUCAGCUUAUGGCGGGACUUCCACAAGACAGGUGUGCUGGCCAAGAGCGAGGUACUGGUCAGCUUGGUGCUGGUGCUCCUGGCAGCCACCAUCUCCAGCUCUAUGCGGGACUGCUUGCGCGGGAAACCCUUCCUGGGCCUGUUGGGCGUCCUUACCAUCUGCAUCGCCAACGUGACGGCAGCUGGGAUUUUUUUCAUCUCUGAUGGGAAAUUUAACUCUACGCUGCUUGGGAUCCCCUUUUUUGCCAUGGGCCAUGGAACAAAGGGUGUGUUUGAGCUUCUGGCAGGUUGGAGAAGAACCAGAGAGAGUUUGCCCUUCAAGGAGAGAGUGGCAGAUGCGUUCGCCGACGUGAUGGUGUGCUACACCAUGACCAGCUCGCUCUAUAUUAUCACCUUCGGCAUGGGUGCCAGCCCUUUCACCAACAUCGAAUCCGUGAAGGUUUUCUGCCAGAGCAUGUGUGUAGCAAUCUUGGUGAACUACUUCUAUGUAUUCUCAUUCUAUGGCUCCUGCCUGGUGUUUGCCGGGCAGCUGGAGCAAAACCGCUAUCACAGCGUCUUCUGCUGCAAGAUCCCCUCGGUGGAGUAUCUGGACCGCCAGCCCACUUGGUUCAAAACCAUGAUGAGUGACGGCCACGAUUUGUCUACGCACCAUGACAGCGUACCGUACCAGAACCACUUCAUUCAGCACUUCCUGAGGGAGCAUUACACAGAAUGGAUUACCAACACCUACGUCAAGCCCUUUGUGGUUAUCCUCUACCUGAUUUACGCCUCCUUUUCGUUCAUGGGAUGUUUACAAAUCAGCGACGGCUCCAACAUAAUUAAUCUUCUAGCUAGUAAUUCGCCCAGUGUGUCGUUCGCCCUGACCCAACAGAAAUACUUUAGCAACUACAGUCCGGUGAUUGGGUUUUACAUCUAUGAACCCAUUGAGUAUUGGAACUCCACAGUACAGGAGCACCUCAAGACUCUGGGCCAGGGCUUUAAUAAGAUUUCAUGGAUCGAUAAUUACUUUCACUAUCUGAGGGUCGUGAAUGUCAGUGCGUCAACCAAAAGUGAUUUCAUCAGUAUCCUCAAGACUUCUUUUCUGAGGAGUCCAGAAUAUCAACACUUUGUGGACGACAUCAUUUUCUCCAAAAACGGAGACGAGUACGACAUCAUCGCGUCCAAGAUGUACUUGGUGGCCAGGACAACCGAGAAGACCAGGGAGGAGGUCGUGGAGCUGCUGGAGAGACUUCGACCUCUCUCCCUCAUAAACAGCAUCAAGUUCAUCGUUUUCAACCCGACCUUCGUGUUCAUGGACCGCUACAGUUCCUCCAUCAUCUCCCCCAUCCUAACGUCAGGUUUCAGCGUGCUCACCAUUCUCAUCCUCACCUUCUUCCUGGUCAUUAACCCACUGGGGAACUUCUGGUUGAUCUUGACUGUCACCUCUGUGGAACUGGGUGUCUUGGGUCUCAUGACGCUCUGGAAUGUAGACAUGGACAGCAUCUCAAUCCUGUGCCUUAUUUAUACACUCAACUUUGCCAUGGAUCACUGUGCCCCCCACCUCUACACGUUCGUACUGGCCACUGAGCACACACGGACUCAGUGCAUCAAGAUCUCUUUAGAGGAGCAUGGGGCCGCCAUUUUGCAGAACACCUCGUGUUUUGUAAUUGGGAUAAUGCCUCUUCUCUUUGUGCCUUCUAACCUGACCUACACACUGUUCAAGUGCUCCCUUCUGACGGCCGGCUGCACAGUGCUGCACUGUUUCGUCAUCCUACCGGUGUUUUUGACAUUCUUCCCGCCCUCUAAGAAGCGGCACAAGAAAAAGAAACGUGCCAAACGGAAAGAGCGGGAAAGAGAGAGGGAGCGGGAGAGGGAGAGAGAGGAAAUCGAGUGCAUCGAAGUCAGGGAAAACCCGGACCACGUGACCAAUGUUUGAUUGAAAGAUGUGUGUGAACAUAAGUGGUAAGAAAUUAGCUCCUGUCCACUAGGGGGCGAUGUCAGGCAGCACU